CAUUACACACAUACUGCGCGACCCUCGAUGUCCGCAAAGCAGCCAAAAGUCAUGCGUUUAUAUGUUCGCGAAUGAACUGCAUUUAAAAACACAUUAUGUAUUCUACGUUAUACAGCUUCGUUCGAGGUUCAUGUCAGCAGCUUUUUAAAAGCUUGAAUUCGCAUGGACGGCUUAUUGUUGGAAAUGUGGAGCUUCAGCGUCCGCUGUUGUGCAGUGCAGUCCGAUUACAGGAGUCUGAUGCCAAACCAGUGGAAACCCAAAGUCCAUCAGAACCAGUCAGAAGACAGAAAAGUCUCUUCCCUCCAUUUCCGGGUGAAGACAGCCCCCUGAGGUGGGACAGCAAGAAGUUUGAAGAGUUACCAAUCGCACAUGUAAAAGCUACAUAUAACAACACACAUAUCCAAGUCACAGAUUGUGCGGGUCAGUACAUGGUCAGAACGUCCUGUGGUUCAGAGGGCUUCAAAAAUGUGAAGAAAUCCACUCCUAUUGCAGCACAGACUGCUGGGAUUUCAGCUGCUGCGAAAGCGAGGGCGAAGGGGGUCACUUACGUCCGCGUGCUGGUGAAAGGACUCGGACCGGGUCGCUUGUCUGCCAUUAAAGGGUUAACCAUGGGAGGACUGGAGGUUGUUUCCAUCACCGACAACACCCCAGUGCCACACAAUGGCUGUCGCCCGCGCAAAGCACGGAGGAUGUGAGCAGGAAGAAACCCCUUGAACCCUGAAGUCUUGUUUGCCUUUCUCUCUGUAUUAUCAUCGACCAUCCAAUCCGAACUGAGAGGUUGCUCAGUUAUUCAGGUCAACACUGUUCAAGAACAUUUUUUUUUUCUUCUGCAUUACUAAAAUGCUGCGUGUGUGUUAUUUACGUUUUUUGAUAAUUAUUAAAGAGCGAAGAUGUAAUUCA